GCCAGCCUCAUGGAGGGGUAGCAAUCGUGCGCAGAAGGCAGCUACUCGCGGCUUCAACAACACCCAGAAUCGCGUUGGAAAUGGCCGUGAGUUCUAGCAAUGGCACGGGCCUGGAAAGGGUCGAGCUGGCGGGUACAUCACGAGAGAUUGGGCUCCAGCAUGGCAGACUCCUCGCGGGCAAAAUCCGCAGCCAGAUAGAAGUCUAUGGCAACAUGUUCCUGCACACGUCGAAGCUCGAUUGGAAGGCCGUACGAGAGGUAGCUAAAGAGUAUGCGGGCCCGAUCGAGCGCCUCACGCCCGACCUGUACGCUGAGAUGCAGGGCAUUGCGGACGGGGCCGGGCUGGAGCUGAUGGACAUCGUGGCGCUGAACUGCAGGAGCGAGAUCGCGCUGGGCCACUUCUCGGAUGGCUGUACGAGUCUGGGCUGGAAGACGCAGAAGGAGGGCGUCAUCCUGGCGCAGAACUGGGACUGGACUGAGCCCGUCAAGAGGAAUCUCGUCUUGAUGUCUAUCGCCAGGCCUGGCUACCCGAAGAUCUUCAUGAUCACUGAGGCUGGCAUCGUGGGCAAAAUCGGUUUCAACUCCGCGUCCGUAGGCACAUGUCUCAACGCGAUCCGCGCCAAACCCACCGACGCCAGCAAACUGCCCAUCCACAUCGCGCUGCGCAUCUGCCUCGACUCACGCAGCUCCUCAGCCGCGAUCGCCAAGCUCGAGGCCCUCGGCGGCAUCGCGUCCAGCGCGCACAUCCUGCUCGCCGACGUCGACGACGGGCCGCGCAGCCUGGAGCUGUCGCCGCGCGGGAACGUCUACAUCUCGCCGGACGCGCGCGGCAUCGUCUGCCACUCGAACCACUUCAUCGAGAACCGCCACGUCGUCGAGCCGCCGUGGCUAUCCGGGUCGGCGGCGCGGCUGGAGCGCAUCCGCGCCCUGACGGCGGACCUGGCGGAUGAGGGGACCCCGCUGACGGCCGCGCUGCUGCGGGACCGCGUCUUCGCGGAUACGUUCAAUGCGCCGCAGGCCAUCUGCUGUCAGGAGGAUCCUGAGACGCCUGAGGUGAUGCGGAGUAGCACGGCGUUUAAUAUCAUUACGCGGUUUGUGAGGGGCGAGGAGCCGUCCGCGGAGCUGGUGUAUGGGAGGCCCGGGAGUGGCGAGGAGGGUCCGGUGUUGAAGAUGCCUUGGUGAGGGCGGGUGUUGGUGUCGUUGUAUGUGUGUUUUCUUCCAUAGGGCAGCUUGAUAGAUAGGUCUUCAUGUAGCCAGCCCUCUCCUAUAUAGCACGAGGAGAAGAAGAAUCGGUUUGCU